AGUGAAGAUUUGCGAGACAAGAAAUUCUCAUGUCUUCUCCUUAAAAAAUGCGAUUGAUUAUGAGCUAAAUUCAUAUCUUCAUCUUCAUAAGAUUUCUAGUUAUCUCAAGCACUCUAAUCUUCCUCAAGUUUUCUGUAAACAAGAAAGAUGCAGGGACUCAUCCGAGGGGUAAGAUCUUGCAAAGAAAUACUAAAGAUAGGAACUCAGAGACAUUCACAUGGGAAAGAAAUAUUUGAGAGGAAAAAUAUUUCACGUUUUGGAUGUGUCACCUCUUCUCCAUCCUUGCCGCAGAAGGGACUCGAGAAUCUAACAGUGGCUGAUGUGCUGAUGACAAAGGGAGAUGAGAAAACUGGGUCUUGGCUCUGGUGCCAUAGCAACGACACAGUCUAUGAUGCCGUAAAGAAUAUGGCGGAAAAUAAUAUUGGGUCACUGUUAGUGCUAAAGCCUGGAGAAAAACAUCUUGCAGGAAUCAUAACGGAAAGAGACUACCUGAGGAAGGUAAUUGCAGAAGGGCGGUCCUGUCAUUAUACAAGAGUUGCAGAAAUAAUGACUGAUGAGAAUAGAUUAGUAACAGUAACAUCUGAUACCACCAUUCUUCGAGCAAUGCAGCUCAUGACAGAUCAUCACAUACGUCAUGUUCCUGUUAUAGAUGGAAGGAUAGUCGGUAUGAUUUCCAUGGUAGAUGUUGUUCGAGCAGUAGUGGAGCAGCAGAGCGGAGAACUGAAGCAGCUAAAUGACUUCAUCAGAGGAGAAUACUAUUGAACUAUAAUAAUAGUCUGCAUGAAAACAGCUGAUUCAAGGGAUAAUAUUCCUUCCAAAUCUAAUCA